CACUACCGAAGGUACAGGGUACCUAAGGUACUUCCGUACCUUACCCUAGGAGUCCUAGGCUAGGGCGCCCUGACGCCCCCGUCGCCUCCACAAGAAACGCGUGCAAUGGCGUGCUCUGACGUCUUCGAGCCGCCGCCGGCAGAAAGCGAAUAAAAUUUCCCCAGAGGCCGCCCAGAGGGCAUCUUCCAUUUGGUUGAAUUUGUACGAAAGAUUCUGUUCCGCAUCCUGCACUUCUUUCCUUUUGUACAACUUAUUCUCAAUUGCAUUCUCAAUUGCACUCUCGACUCUCGACUCUCGAUAUCCUCCUCUCUCCAUUCAAGCUUCGUAACUAACUAUGGCCAACUCACCCCACGGCGGAGAGCUGAAAGAUCUUCUUGCAAGAGAUUUGCCCAGACACAACGAGCUCGCAGCAGAGGCCGAGACCUUGCCUGCUAUUGUUCUUAGUGAGAGACAACUUUGCGAUCUGGAAUUGAUCCUCAGCGGUGGUUUCUCUCCCCUCGAAGGAUUUUUGAAUGAGAAGGACUACAAUGGCGUUGUGGAGAACAACCGCCUAGCUGAUGGCAACCUCUUCUCCAUGCCAAUUACCUUAGACGUUGGAAAGGAACAAAUCGAGGAGUUGGGAAUCAAGGCCGGGGCGAGACUUACACUUCGUGACUUCCGUGAUGAUCGCAACCUUGCUAUCAUCACUGUUGACGAUGUCUACCGACCUGAUAAGGACAAGGAGGCUAAGUUAGUAUUUGGAGGAGAUGCGGAGCACCCAGCUGUAAAAUAUCUUCAUAACACUGCUCGGGAAUUUUAUGUUGGUGGAAAGAUUGAUGCUAUUCGCCGCCUUGAGCAUUACGAUUACGUUGCCCUUAGAUAUACCCCCGCAGAGCUCCGACUUCACUUUGACAAGCUUGGUUGGUCAAAGGUUGUCGCUUUCCAGACCCGAAACCCUAUGCAUAGAGCCCACAGAGAGUUGACUGUUCGAGCUGCCCGCUCCCGCCAAGCCAACGUCCUCAUCCACCCUGUCGUUGGUCUCACAAAGCCUGGAGAUAUCGACCAUUUCACCCGUGUCCGUGUUUACCAAGCUCUCCUCCCAAGAUACCCCAACGGUAUGGCUGUCCUUGGUCUCCUCCCCCUUGCUAUGCGCAUGGGCGGGCCUCGCGAGGCCAUCUGGCACGCUAUUAUCCGCAAGAAUUUCGGAGCAACCCACUUCAUUGUUGGUCGUGAUCACGCCGGGCCCGGGAAGAACAGCAAGGGCGAGGAAUUCUACGGCCCAUACGAUGCUCAAUACGCCGUUGAGAAGUACAAGGAUGAGCUCGGCAUCGAAGUCGUUCCCUUCCAGAUGAUGACCUACCUCCCAGACAGCGACGAGUACCGCCCCAAGGACGAAGUCCCAGCCGGAAUUCGAACCCUCGAUAUCUCUGGCACUGAGCUCCGCAACCGGCUCCGCACCGGUCGCGAGAUCCCAGAAUGGUUCUCCUACCCCGAAGUCGUGCGCGUGCUCCGCGAAUCCCACCCCCCUCGCUCCGAGCAAGGUUUCACCGUCUUCCUAACAGGCUACCAAAACAGCGGCAAGGACGCCAUCGCACGCGCUCUCCACGUAACUCUCAACCAACAAGGCGGCCGUUCCGUCUCUCUCCUCCUCGGCGAGACCGUCCGCGCCGAGCUAUCCUCCGAGCUAGGAUUCAGCCGCGCAGAUAGAACUCGCAACAUCGGCCGGAUCGCUUUCGUCGCCUCGGAGCUCACCCGUUCUCGCGCGGCUGUCAUCGCGGCUCCGAUCGCGCCGUACGAGGACGCCCGCCAGCACGCCCGCGAGAUCGUCGAGAAGUAUGGGGAUUUCUACCUCAUCCAUGUUGCUACGUCGCUUGAGCACGCGGAGAAGACGGAUAAGCGCGGGAUCUACGCCAAGGCGCGCAGUGGGGAGAUCAAGGGCUUCACGGGGGUGGAUGAUCCGUAUGAGACUCCGAAGAAGGCCGAUUUGACCGUCGAUCUGGAGAAGACGAGUGUGCGCAGUGCGGUUCACCAGAUUGUUUUGCUUUUGGAGAGCCAAGGGUUGUUGGAUCGUCUGUAGAUCACUGAUGCUCGUCUGAGUUUGUUUGUUUGUUUGACUGGCUGGCUGCCUGACAAAUGAGCAUUUUGCCUCGGAACUGAAUAGAUUGGGAAGGGACUCGUUACAAGGCGUUUUUGAUGAAAAAGUCUAUAUGAAUGUUUUUUGCAUGACUAGAUAUAGGUGGUGUGGCAGGGCCACUUGAUUUUGGUGCUUACCUUAGGUAGCGUAGUGAAGGGAAGUCAGGUUAGUAGUGCAGCCAGGUGGUAGUACCUAGAGAUUC